AUGGUACUGGGAAAGGUGAAAAAGAUUCCGGUUGAGGAACCUAGGCUGACAAAGGAGCAGAAGAUCGAAAGAGACCUUCUGAUAAAGAAGAAGGUAUCCAAGCUGGCCAACUCAAUCCGAAUCCCCCCGGCAAUCUACCAGUUUAGGACGGUUCUGUCAGAGCAUGACACCAAGAAGUUCGUUGAACUCUUCAUGAAAUACAGACCAGAGAACAAACAGGAGAAGAGGAUUAGGCUGCAGUCUGAGGAUCCGAAGAAGGGGCCCAAGCCAAUUCUCGUCAAGUUUGGGCUUAAGCACGUCACGAAUCUCAUCGAGACGAAAAAGGCCAAACUUGUCCUUAUCUCUGCAUCUGUCGACCCCAUCGAGGUUGUGAUAUUUCUUCCCACGCUGUGCAGGAAGAUGGGGGUGUCAUAUGCAAUUGUUGAAAACUCGACGCUUCUUGGGAAGCUUGUCAACCUGAAGACCACGUCAUGUGUCUGCCUGUGCGAUGUGAGGCCAGAGGAUGAAGGCUCUUUCAAGGAGAUGCUCAGAACGGCAGAUGCAAUCUUCCUCGAUAACUACGAGACUCACCUGAGCACUUGGGGAGGCCUGCCCCAGAAGGAAGCAGACGAAAAACAAUGA